GCACUUGUUAGCGUGGAAGAGCUGACGAGUCAGGCACAGUGGUUUACUACUACAGUUCCCAUGUAGCUUAGCUUAAUCCUGUAAUCGCAUUUUACUUUGAUGUUAUGUGUUUUGGAUUGAUCUGCUGGCCCGUUAUUUGCUUCAUGGGUUUUCGUGGAUAGAAGGAGAUUGUCUUUGAGUUGUUCUUCAAUUUUCUAAUCUUAUUCAGCAAGAAUGGCUGCCUCCAUACGAGAACGUCAAGCAGUUGCCAUCAAGAGAAUGCUGCAUUUUGGAAAUCCAGUAACCAAAGCAUCAAGUAUGGAACCAGAAUGGAAAGUCUUGAUUUAUGAUAGAUUCGGUCAAGAUAUUAUUUCACCUUUAUUAUCUGUUAGUGAAUUGAGAGACAUGGGAGUUACAUUAUACUUGUCUCUUCAUAGUGACAGAGAUCCAGUACCAGACGUUCCUGCCAUAUAUUUUAUUUUACCAACAGAUGAAAAUAUAACAAGAAUGUGUCGGGAUAUGCAAAAUGAGCUUUAUGAAGGAUAUUACUUUAAUUUCAUAUCCGCUAUUCCGAGACAUAAAUUAGAAGAUCUUGCGAGUGCUGCUGUAUUAGCGAAUGCGGAAUCUUAUGUUACUAAAGUUUUCGAUCAAUAUUUAAAUUUCAUCAGUCUUGAAGAUAACAUGUUUCUUUUGAGAAAUCAAAACAAAGAUGCGAUUUCAUAUUACAGUAUCAAUAAAACUGCCAUCAAAGACACAGAAAUGAUGAGCAUAAUUGAUGCAAUUGUUGACAGUCUUUAUUGUGUGUUUGUAUGUCUUGGUGCAAUUCCAAUAAUCAGAUGUCCACGAGGCAACGCAGCGGAAAUGGUUGCGGAAAGACUGGAUAAAAAACUGAGAGAAAAUAUUAGAGAUGCCAGAAACAGUUUCUUCUCUGCAACAUCAUCUGGUUCAGCAAGUUUGGGUCAAUCACCCGGUGGACAGUUUUCGUUUCAAAGGCCUCUGCUUGUGAUUAUGGAUCGAAACAUCGACCUUGCUACUCCACUGCAUCAUACAUGGACUUAUCAAGCAUUGAUACAUGAUGUUUUGGAUUUCAACCUGAACAGUGUCACAGUCCACGAAUCAUCAGGAGGUGGAGAUGAUCUCGGAGCAGGUGCCAGACCCAAGAAAAAGAAAGAUCAAACAUUUAAUCUUUCACCAUUAGAUAGAUUUUGGCAAAAAUAUAAAGGAAAUCCAUUCCCUGAAGUAGCUGAAGCUGUACAAAGUGAAAUUGAGGAAUAUAGAGGCCAUGAAGAAGAAGUGCAAAGAUUGAAAGCUGCCAUGGGUCUUGCAGGUGCUGAAGAAGGUGCUCCUGUUGAUAUAUCUGAUAACACUGCCAAGUUAACUUCUGCUGUCAAUACAUUGCCUGAAUUAUUGGAAAAGAAACGAUUAAUUGACAUGCAUACUACAAUAGCAACAUCGGUUCUCGAUUUUAUCAAGAUGAGAAAACUGGACGAAUAUUUCGAAAUGGAAGAAAAAUUGAUGAGUAAAGCAAAUAUUGAUAAAUCAUUGAUGGAUUUCAUAUCUGAUCCAGAAGCUGGGACGCCUGAUGAUAAACUUCGUUUGUUCCUAAUUUAUUACAUCUGUCAGUCUCAGUCAGCACAACCUAUUUCUGAUCAGGAUGUCGACCAAUAUGCUCAAGCUCUUGAAGCUGCGAGAUGUAACCUUGAACCUCUGAAAUACAUCAAACGAUGGAGGCAAUAUUCAAUGAUGAAUUCCAGUUCCUCCCCACAGCAAUAUAGAGGUGGAGGUAUCAAGACUAUUGGAAUGUUCUCUCACAUCAUGAGCACUGGCUCUCAGUUUGUGAUGGAAGGAGUGAAAAAUUUAGUUGUCAAGAAACACAACUUACCGGUCACAAGAAUAGUAGAUUCGCUUAUGGAAAUGAAAUCAAAUACGGAUAUUGAUAAUUACAGAUAUUUUGAUCCAAAGCUAGCGAAAUCUAUGGAAGGUGGUGCAAGAAACAAAGUACCUUACUCUGAGGCAAUUGUAUUUCUUGUUGGUGGAGGCAACUACAUUGAGUAUCAAAAUUUGAUGGAUUAUGUCAAGAGUAAAUCUGGUAAAAGAAUAUCAUAUGGAUGUAGUGAAUUAUUCAAUGCUUCACAAUUUUUAAAACAGCUGGCGCAUCUGGGAUCUGAAAUAUCAUAGGAGAACAGCAUGGGAAACACAUGGAGAUGAUUUAUAUUAAGUCUGCACACCGAGUAGAAUG